AUGAUUGUACAUCUCUUCUCCAUCCUGGCUGCAUUCCUGGCUUAUUCGGCGGAUGCAGCAUCGAUCUUCACCCCUGCUAGGCCUCCUGCGCUACCACUUGCCGUCAAGUCGCCAUACUUGAGCACCUGGUUGUCUGCAGGGAAAGAUGAUGGCAAUGGGGGUUACCUGGCAGGCGAAUGGCCAACGUUUUGGGCUGGACAGGUGACUGGUUGGGCCGAUGUUGAUAUCUCGUGCCUGGAUGGCAAAGCUCAUGACGUGCAGUUGUAUGCUGACAUUUCAGCAGAAUGGGUGUCAGGAGACCGUAAAGCCAAGGCGCAAUGGGACCACGGUGUCACCAAAGGAAAUGUUGCUUAUCACAAGGUCAGCCGCCAGACACAGCUGCUUUUCUCCGAGAGCAGAGAUCAGGCGGAAUGGGGCGAUUGGUACUGGGCGACGGAUGAUGGAGAUCAGCUUACGUUUCAAUCUGGAGCAGACGUCGACGUCCGAGGUGCAUUCUCGAAGAAUGGGAAGCUGGAAAACUCCAAGGACGGUAAUUACCGUGCCAUAUCGGAAAACUGGCCAGUUUUUGGAUUUGCCCAUGAUCUUGGAUGGGUACAUACGUCCGCAAGUGCGUUGUUCACUAUUGGCCUGUCUCAGGAGGACGCGAUCCAGUAUAGUGGAUUUCAUGGCACUACUUCUCAGCCUUCGCUAUGGACAAGCUAUUUUAGAGAUGCCUUGGAUGCUCUUGAUUUCUCCCACCAUGACUUCGCCGAUGCAAGCUCCCUUUCAACAGACCUGGACAAUCGGAUUGCUAAGGACUCUCUUGCUGUUGCUGGCCAGGACUACCUAACCAUCACUUCGCUAAGCGCUCGCCAAGUCUUCGCCGCGACACAGCUAACCGGAACACCGCGAAAUCCUUAUCUCUUUAUGAAGGAGAUAUCCUCGAAUGGGAAUAUGAAUACGGUUGACGUCAUCUUCCCUGCCCACCCUGUCUUUCUGUACACGAAUCCGCAGCUUCUGAGGCUUCUGAUGAAGCCGCUUUUUGAACUUCAGGAGUCAGGGAAGUAUCCUAAUAGAUACGCAAUGCAUGAUAUUGGCACUCACUAUCCUAAUGCAACUGGUCAUCCGGAUGGCAAUGAUGAGCCAAUGCCUCUUGAAGAGUGCGGGAACAUGGUGAUUAUGGCCUUAGCAUAUGCCCUCAAAGCAGACGACACGCACUACCUCGACAUACACUACAAUUUGUUGAAACAAUGGACAACUUAUUUGAUAGAAGACGCUCUUUACCCUGCGAAUCAGAUAUCCACCGAUGAUUUUGCCGGUCCUUUAGCUAACCAGACAAACUUGGCCCUGAAAGGGAUUAUUGGCAUUGAAGCUAUGGCUGUCAUCAGCAAUCUGACCUACCACUUUGACGUCGCCAGAAAUCAUUCGCGUAUUGCCCAUGAAUAUGUAGACCAGUGGCAGACUUUGGGAGUGGCACAUGAUGCGAACCCACCACACACAACUUUAUCGUAUGGGUCUAACCAGUCUCACGGAUUGCUGUACAACCUCUAUGCUGAUCGAGAGUUGGGCCUGAACCUUGUUCCCCAAUCUGUUUAUGACAUGCAAAACACAUUCUAUCCCACAGUGCAAAAUACAUAUGGAGUGCCACUGGAUACUCGCCACCAGUAUACAAAAGGAGACUGGGAACUAUUCACGGCAGCGAUUUCCUCGACCAGUACUAGAGACAUGUUCAUCCAGCUACUUGCCAAGUGGAUCAACGAGACUCCAACAAACCGUGCCCUUACUGAUCUUUACGAUACAAUUAAUGGAGACUAUCCACAAAUAACCUUUAUCGCCCGUCCGGUUAUGGGUGGUGCCUUUGCAUUGAUGCUUCUCCACCAGGGCCUUUAA